AUGGAGACCCUGGAAGUAGUGGAGUUGAUAGCAGGAAAUGCGGACAAGACGACCAGGAUAGGGACGAUGCUAAGCCCCGAGAUGAGAACGAGACUCAUAAAAUUCCUUAAGGGGAACCUAGAUGUCUUUGCAUGGGGUCACAAGGACAUGCCAGGCAUAUCUCCAGAAGUCAUCCAGCAUAGGCUGAAUGUGGACCCCAGCAGGAAGCCCGUCCAGCAACGACGAAGAACCUUCGCUCCGGAACGAGAUCAGGCAGUAGCAGAGGAAGUAACCAAACUCUUGACGGCUGGAUUCAUCCGAGAAGUAUAUUAUCCAGAGUGGCUCGCCAACAUCGUCCUGAGGGGAAUAAAAGCAAAUCCAGAGAAAGUACGAGCCAUCAUUGACAUGGCCUCACCCAAGACCGUCAAGGAUGUACAAAAGCUUACAGGAAGGAUAGCAGCUGUAAAUAGGUUCGUCUCUAGGGCCACAGACAAAUGCCUGCCCUUCUUCAAAACCCUCAAGCAGGCUUUUGUUUGGACCGACAAAUGCGAGGCAGCGUUCCAAGAGCUGAAGCAAUACCUGAGCAGUCCACCCCUCCUGAGCCCGUCCAAAGGAGGGGAGAACCUAUACUUGUACCUGGCAGUGUCAGCCUCGGCAGUAAGCGCAGCCUUGAUUAGAGAAGAAGGCAAGAAGCAACUCCCGGUGUACUACGUCAGUCAAGCCUUGCAAGGAGCUGAGUUCAGAGCAGCCAUCAAGGCCCAAGCCCUGGCUGACUUCAUCGCUGAAUUCACUCUUCCAGAUGAACAUGGAGUUACAGACGAAGUUGAUAAAUGGACAAUACAGACAGAUGGGUCGUCAGCCCAAAAGAGGGGGGGAGUAGGGGUCGUCAUAACCACCCCCGACGGAGAAGUGAUGAGAUACGGGGUUCAACUGAAGUUCCCAGCCACUAAUAACGAAGCCGAGUAUGAAGGAAUAUUGACGGGCUUGAGGCUUGGGAAAGCUCUUGGAGCCAAAAACUUGCUGAUCCAGAGUGAUUCAAAGUUGGUAAUCGGACAGAUCAGUGGAGAGUACGAAGCAAAGGAAGAAAGGAUGCAGAAAUAUCUUAAACUGACAAGGCAACUAACUCAAGAGUUUGACACAGUGGAAUUCGUCCAGAUACCAAGGAGCCAGAAUAUGGGGGCCGACGAAGUAUCAAAACUAGCGUCAUCAGAAGAAGGGAAGACGAGCACAGACAUGGCGAUAGAGAUCCAGAAACACCCGAGUAUUGAAGAGGUGGCGGUAUUUUCCAUCCAGAGCACAGACACCUGGAUGACGCCCAUAAUAUCCUUCCUCCAGGACGGGCACCUACCUCAGAAUACUGACGAAGCCAGAAAGGUCAAGAAGAGAGCAGCCAGGUUUACAAUCCUGAAUGACGUCUUGUACAAGAGAGGCUUCUCCAUGCCUUAUCUAAAGUGCGUCGACGAGGACGAGGCCAAAUACAUCCUGGAAGAAGUACAUGGAGGAAUCUGUGGCGACCAUGCCGGCUCCAGAUCCCUAGUCAACAAGGUGAUAAGAGCGGGGUAUUUUUGGCCAACCAUGCAGGGGGAUGCUGCUGACAUCGUCAGAAGGUUCGGGAUUCCUUUGACGAUCAUAUCUGAUAAUGGGAAGCAGUUCGACAGCCAAGGCUUCAGAGACUUCUGCUCGGACCUCGGGAUCAAGAAUCAGUUCUCAUCCUCGGGACACCCCCAGGCAAACGGACAGACGGAAGUAACGAACAGGACGCUGCUCAAGAUAAUCAAAACCAAGCUGGACGAAGCAAAAGGUGCCUGGCCAGAAGAACUACCUAGUGUCCUCUGGGCAUACAGGACUACAACCAGAACCCCGACAGGAGAGACACCCUUCAGGCUUACCUAUGGCACAGAGGCAGUGAUCCCAGUAGAAGUUGGAGUAACAAGCAUCAGGCGAGGAACUUUCAGAGAUGGACUCAAUGACGAGGAACUGCGGUUCAACCUGGAUUGCUUGGAUGAAGUAAGAGACAAUGCGUCCAGUAGAAUGACGAAGUAUCAAAAGAAAAUGGCCGAGUAUUACAACAAGAGGGUCAAACUCAGGCGUCUGGCCAUAGGGGACCUUGUCCUUCGCAAAGUCACUAUAGCAACUAAAGACCCUACUCAAGGGAAGCUGGGCCCUACAUGGGAAGGGCCAUAUCGCGUCGUUCACUACUCUAGGCAAGGAAGUUACCAUCUGGAAACUAUGGACGGACAAAAGCUCCCUCGUUCGUGGAACAUUGAGCAUUUAAAGAAAUACCAUGAGUAA